UGCUGGGCAUGUUUACGUUCUUCGUGGAGCACGAAGUUCAUAACAUCGGCGAAUUUAUGUGCGUAUACUACGUAUUUACCAAGCCGAAGCCGGAGCGGAAGGAGGGAACGGUGGCGCUUUAUCAUUUUGGGAGGAUCAGGACGAAUUGGUCGGGGCUCUUACAACUCAUCCACAUCGAGCUGCUGUCCAUCGCGCAGGUAAUCACCACCGAGGAAGAAGACCUGCAGCUCAGACUGUGGACCGCCUCCGCCCCGUGCAGAGCGUAUAACGCGGCGGUAAUACCUGAUUACCUGGCGCGCGAGGGAGAGUCCGUGGUGGACUUUGUGAACGAAGAUAAGCCGCUGCGGCCUCCAUCAUCGUAUCCAAAGCCGACGGCCCUGAAGGCACCGAGAAAGAAGACCGUCCGGAAGCGGCGACGAAGUCCAUCGCCGGAAGCUCAAGACAAUCGGGUGAGGCCUGUCGAGGAGGUUGUCCAGCCUACGCCGGUGCGCAGAGUCGAUCUGGUUCCCGAGAGAAGCGCCACCCUCAUCAUCGGGCCCCGGCCGGGGGAGGACUGCGCAGCCGAAGGGCCGUGGAGAUCCAGAGGCCAUCAGGAGCUGACACCUCAGCGGCCCCGCCUCCCCAAUCUCAAUAGCAAUGGAGCUGGGCCAUCAGGAGCAGGAGGGGGAUUGGGACGAGUUCCAUAUCCCGCAUCCAGACCCCCCCUCCUCGCAGGACCACUGCGUCUUGGGAAGUGCUUUUGUUGUAGAGUCCUUUGCGUCGUGUGCCCGAACUGGGAUGGGACCUUAACUGACGCUGUGGUCUAUGUGUCCACGAAUGAAUUGGACCUGGGUGACGAACAGCAUGCCCGGACUGUGGGGAGCGGUCAAGGGUCUGGUGGCCGUGGUCAAGGGUCUGGUGGUGGUCCGAGCGAUCGAGGGUCUGGUGGUGGUCACCGGACCCGCACACAAGAUACACUGCGGCAAGCAGGUUCGGGGGAGAGGUCUGUGCAUGCACAGGCAGAUAAAGUUCCCGUCAUAGACUACAAAGAUAAAUUCUGGAUGUUGGACUGGGUGGGCGAGGCGGGGCAGGCUGAAAGUGGUUUGAUGUUGUACGUGGUGUUCAGGGAAGAUAUUAGACCGAUAGGUGGUAUUCAAUCUUGGGCAGGGAGGGAUGGUCAGCUCGCCACUUUCGAGUUAACAAUGCAACUCAACGGCAAAGGCCACAGAGUUGCAGAGACGAACCAUGUUGUUCUCAUGUGGAGAAACCACAAGGGAUAUGGUAAGUCACUUGUGGAUGUUUUMAAUCCUGAUCCGGAUAGCMGACUCCGGUUACCUGACCUCCACCAAGUUCUCGCGUUCUUCGACACGAAUUCGGUGGAGGGCCAUCGUCCGGUGGCCCACAAAGAAGACACUAUUACGGAACCGAAAAGUGUUCUGUCAUCGGCGCGUCUGACUGUGGGUGCCACAACGAUUCGACAUCCAUCAGUGACCACGCUCGCCGUCCGAGAAGAGAGACAACACGCUCUCGUAUCCACGCCGCUGGUCCCUCGAGCGGGACAAAUCGCUGCCAAGGGCCCGACUCAUGCUCAGGCUCCGCCACCGGCUCCGAAGAAAUUCCGUUCGGUUGGAGUGAAAGAGUCGUUGUCCGUGUUACAUGACAUUGUGCGUACAUCGAGCAUGUGUGCCGAACCUAUGUAUGGUGCUGUGCAGCCUUUGUAUUUCGGUGAUCCGGGAGAGGGGAGCAGUGGCGAAGGUUCACAGAGGGAAGAGGAAGAGGAAGAGGAAGGUUCUCAAGAGGGGAAYGAUARUGAGAAUACAAUUAAAAAUCAGAUCCGGCUGCGGCUUGCUCGACUCAAUCCAAAUGUUUCUCCAUCGAGAGUGGACAUAAGGACGAACGAGGUUUUUCACGAGCUCAAGGCAUUGCGAAGACUUGAGUACUUGGAAGAAUUUUAUGACAGACAAACAAGCCAGGCAUUUGGAUAUAACUGGCGCAUUGAUGAGGGCGACGAGACCGGUGGGAAAAGGGGACAAGGCCCUAGCGGUGGAGCGAAUGGAGAGGGAGGUGAACACCCAAGUGGUGACGAGGGUGGAGGUGACGAGGGAGGAUGUGAUAAGGGAGGUGAUAAGGGAGGGAGCGGUGAGGGUGGAGGAACAUCUGAAGCGCCUGGGUAUAGUCAGCCAACGACAGGCACAUCGGAAGGGCAAGCCCAUCGUCACCAUGAGAGAAGCGUCAGUUGUGUAGGAGGGCACAUCGACAUUCGUGGUUUGCCGCAGGUCAAGCUGUCUACUGCAGUGGAACAGGUUGACGAAGGAUGUAAAGGUGGGCAAAGUGUCACCACAACACUCACAGUUGUCACAGUGACAAAUAAUGAAUGGUGUGAUGGCAGUGGCGCAAGUGUCUUCCCCGUUGGCGAGAAGGGCAAUAUUGGUAGCCCACAAGGCCAUAUGUGGAUGUCUAUGGAUAUUUUGCCAUAUGGGUUGGGAAGCCAAGGGCGGCUCAGGGCAUCAUUGGAUGAAACCAUAUAUCUCGCGGAAACGGAACGGCAACUUGAGGCUCAUACUCCUCUUGAUGAAGAGACACUCAGAGGCGACUUAGAGAUUCCUGCAAAAUUUCAAAGUCCGAUAUCAGAGGAGAAGGCACAACGAGGGUCUCAGGAGGCGGGUACUGUAACAGGCUAACAGGAGGAAGCUAUGCUUGCGAAGGAGAUGGAACCGGGCGGCGAGCCUAACAGUCCAAUUGAUGAAGACAUCCCUGGCAGCGACUUCGAUACUGGUACUGGAGGGUCUCAUGAUUCGCUUAUUAUAUUCGAUACUGCUAGGAAGAACGACACUCUUGAGGGGCUUGUGGCAAAAGAAGCAAUUCAAGUGCCGGACAUCGAAGAGGAUGAAGGACAUAUUGUACUGACUACUCCAGAGCAAUAGACACCUGUGGAGAAAGGACGAUAAAGUACACUUCGAACU